AUUUUGCCAUUUUUGAAAAAACAAAAAUAAAAAAUUAGUUCAUCCUAAAAAUUACACCAUCAACCGGUUUGGAAAAACCGGAAUUAGGUUUAGGAAUUUUCCCAAUUUCUCCUUCGUUGUUUAUACAACUGGUAUGGUCUUAGCUCCGGUCACCCCCUUCACUCUCAUCGACCUCCAUUUUCUCUCUCCUCACUCUUCUCAGUCUGUAUAUCCGUUAAUUUCAAUCAAAUAAAAAAUAAAAACCCUUUUCCGUCUUCUUCUGGCGGGAAAAUAUACUUCAAAAUUCGAUUACCCAAUUCAUUUUUUUUUUUACAGAAUUUGAUUAGAAAUAAAGCUGAAAAUCCAAAUCAAAAUCAUGGGUUUGGGUAUUUGAGGUGAGAUAAUUGAUGGGAUUGUAGAAUUACAAAAGGGAUAUGGAAUCUAGGGUUCCAAUUCAUAAUCAUAGUAGCAUUGAUAAUGAUGAAAAUAACAUCAAUAAUGUUAAUAAUAAUAUCAAUUUAAGAUCAGUAGAUUCUUACAUUGAUGGGAGAAAUUUAGAUGAAGUUAAAAAAGACGGCGAAAUCGACAGAAUUAGCAACGGUGAUCGUGAUGCUAUUACUGAAGAUAGUUUAGAUCAUGAUGAGGGCUCUAAUAAUAUUGAUUGCUUGGAUGAGGUAUACAAGACCCCAAUUCAGAUUCCUAACAUUGUUGUUGAAGAUGAUCGAUCUAGUCUAGAAAGUAGUGGGUCUCUUAGAAAUUCCUGUCAUGCCUUAACAGCAAAGGAUGUUUUGCCAAUUGAAACUGCAAGGGCAAGAUUCUUGCAAAUUGUUGUGGAUAAUUUUAUCACACAUCAUACUAUUGAGAAGCCGGGUGCUUAUAUUGAUAAUAUUGUUGAGCCUGGAGGUGAUAAAUCAAACAAGAGAAAGUCUGCUGAAGUUCAAUAUGAAGGAGAUCCAAGGUUUGUUUUGCCGCUGAUGUACGUGGCUAAUUUGUACGAAACUCUGGUGAGUGAAGCGAACAUGAGAGUUGCUUUAUUAAAUGGUUUGCGUGAAAAGACUAUUGGAGUAGCUCUAGAAGCAUCUGGCGGGCUCUACAGAAAGUUGACUCAGAAAUUUCCUAAAACAGGCUCUUAUUCUUUUAAACGAAGGGAAUUGGCUACUUCUCUCGAAACAAGGACUAGGUUUCCGGAAUUAGUUGUCCAAGAAGAGAAGAGGGUUCGUUUUGUAGUGGCCAAUGGCUUAGAUAUUGUUGAGAGACCAACUGUUGUUCCUGUUGAUGAUGCAGAAUGGUUCAAGCGUUUGACAGGGCGGACUGAAAUAGCAGUUACAGCUAGGGACUAUAAGUUUUACAACCCAAGGCAUAAAGUUAGGCGUGCUUUAUCAAACACUUCACCGACUGUCCCUGGUUUGCUUUCAUACAACAGCAACAGUGACCACGAGUUCCAGUCUGCAACAGAGAAUCCACGGGAGCAGGAGACACCAUCCAAACAUUCUUUGGUGACGUUGGCUCGCCAGCCACGAUAUGAUACCAUUAUCCUUAAUCAUCAUCAGUCUCUUGACCAGAAUCAACAGGCUACUCUCUUAGCUUGCACUCAUGAAAGUGGGCAAUCUUCCCAUUUACCCGACAUUGCUCAUGGCCAUGAAUCUCCGACUCUUUCUCAGAACAUGGCAUCAUUAGAGUCUCUAGGAGGAAGUCAUGUAGUAGGUCGUUUACAUGUGAUGCCAACUAGUCCCGCAAAGUUUUGUGAUGAAUGUGGAUCUCCGUACUUGAGACCAACUUCCAAGUUUUGCUCUGAAUGUGGUACGAAGAGGUUUGGGAUAUGAGUCGCUCUUGGUAAUUUAUGCACGAUUCUUGUGGCCUCAAAAUUCGUUCAUUGUUAAUUUUUAUGUUCAUAUGAUUGAAGGUGAAGCUAAUAUAUGCAUAGAUAUUCAUGAACUCCUGAACAAUGGUUCUGUUAUAAUUGCUUCAAUAACUCUUGUAUACGGCAGACAUUCAUUAAUAUUAUUAAAAGACCCUCAAUCUGUGGAUAA